GGCUGUGUGCCGAGAGCCGCGAGGCCGCGGAUGUGAGGCAGAGCUGGUCGCCGCGGUUCCCGGCGCUUCGGUGCGGCUGUGCACUGCGUCGCCUCCAGCCUUGCAGCGCGCUGCCCUCGGGGGACCCUGAGGAGCCCCUGGCGCACCCGACGGCGCAGAAGAGUCGCGACUGGGGAUAUAGGGCCGAGGGAGGAGCCGGUCCAGCGGCCGAGCCCAGCACUCCCGGGGCGUGGAGGUGGGGGGCUGAGCCCCCCACAGCCCCCCGCUGCGAUGGGCAACUUGGAGAGCUCCGAGGGGGGCCCGGGCGACCCGCCUUCUGUUGCGCUGCUGCUGCCGCCAGGAAAGAUGCCGAUGCCUGAGCCCUGUGAGCUGGAGGAGAGGUUCGCCCUGGUGCUGAGCUCCAUGAACCUGCCUCCUGACAAAGCCCGGCUCCUGAGGCAAUAUGACAACGAGAAGAAGUGGGAUCUGAUUUGUGACCAGGAGCGUUUCCAGGUGAAGAAUCCUCCCCAUACUUACAUACAGAAACUCCAGAGCUUCUUGGACCCCAGCGUAACUCGCAAGAAGUUCAGGAGGAGAGUGCAGGAGUCAACCAAAGUACUGAGGGAACUGGAGAUCUCGCUUCGAACCAACCACAUUGGGUGGGUGAGGGAGUUUCUAAAUGAUGAAAACAAAGGCCUGGACGUGCUGGUGGAUUAUCUGUCCUUUGCUCAGUGUUCUGUCAUGUUUGACUUUGAGGGUCUGGAGAGUGGUGAUGACAGUGCAUUUGACAAGCUCCGGUCCUGGAGCAGGUCAAUCGAGGACCUGCAGCCACCCAGCGCCCUUUCGGCCCCCUUCACCAACAGCCUCGCUCGCUCUGCGCGCCAGUCUGUGCUCCGGUACAGCACUCUCCCUGGCCGCAGGGCCCUGAAAAACUCCCGCCUGGUGAGCCAGAAGGAUGAUGUCCACGUCUGUAUCCUUUGUCUCAGAGCCAUCAUGAACUACCAGUAUGGCUUCAACCUAGUUAUGUCCCACCCCCAUGCUGUCAAUGAAAUUGCACUUAGCCUCAACAACAAGAACCCAAGGACCAAAGCCCUGGUCUUGGAGCUCCUGGCAGCUGUGUGUUUGGUACGGGGAGGUCAUGAAAUCAUCCUUGCUGCCUUUGAUAAUUUCAAAGAGGUGUGCAAGGAGCUGCACCGCUUUGAGAAGCUGAUGGAGUAUUUCCGGAAUGAGGACAGCAACAUCGACUUCAUGGUGGCCUGCAUGCAGUUCAUCAACAUUGUGGUGCACUCUGUGGAGGACAUGAACUUCCGGGUCCAUCUGCAGUAUGAGUUCACCAAGCUGGGGCUGGAGGAGUUCCUACAGAAGUCAAGGCACACAGAGAGUGAGAAGCUGCAAGUGCAGAUCCAGGCAUACCUGGACAAUGUGUUUGAUGUGGGGGGUUUGUUGGAGGAUGCUGAGACCAAGAAUGUAGCCCUGGAAAAGGUGGAGGAGCUGGAGGAGCAUGUAUCUCAUGUAGGUGACCUUCGUUACCUGCUGAAGCUGCUGUGGAGGGUUGGGGAAGCUGAAGCCAAAGUGGGCCAGAGACACAGAGAAGAGAGUGGGAAGGAGACAUAUGAGAACACAAGCCACCAGGUACACACCCUCCGGAGGCUCAUUAAGGAGAAGGAAGAAGCCUUCCAGCGCCGAUGUCACUUGGAGCCAAGUGCCUGUGGCCUGGAGUCCAUGGAAGGAGAGGCCUUGGCCAGGGUAGGCCCUGCAGAACUGAGUGAAGGUGGACUACCCUCCGACUUGGACCUGCUGGCCCCUGUUGCACCUGCUGAGGAGGCCCUUCCUCUGCCUCCACCCCCAGCUCCUCCCUUGCCGCCACCCCCUCCCCCAUUACCAGGCAAGUGUCCCCCAGCUCCACCUCUACCUGGCUCUGCACCCUCUGUGGUCUUGACAGUGGGCCUAUCUGCCAUUCGCAUUAAGAAACCUAUCAAGACCAAGUUCCGGCUACCAGUCUUCAACUGGACAGCGCUGAAACCCAAUCAGAUCAGUGGCACUGUCUUUAGUGAACUUGAUGAUGAAAAGAUCUUGGAGGACUUGGACCUGGACAAGUUUGAGGAAUUGUUUAAGACGAAAGCACAGGGCCCUGCCCUUGACCUCAUCUGCUCCAAGAACAAGACAGCGCAAAAAGCUGCCAGCAAAGUGACCCUGUUGGAAGCCAACCGUGCCAAGAACCUGGCCAUCACUUUACGCAAGGCUGGUCGCUCAGCAGAAGAGAUCUGCAGGGCCAUCCACACGUUUGACCUGCAGACACUACCUGUGGACUUUGUGGAGUGCCUGAUGCGCUUCCUGCCCACAGAAGCUGAGGUGAAGCUGCUGCGCCAGUAUGAGCGUGAGCGGCAGCCCCUCGAGGAACUGGCAGCUGAGGACCGCUUUAUGCUGCUCUUUAGCAAGGUAGAGCGGCUGACACAGCGAAUGGCUGGCAUGGCCUUCCUGGGCAACUUCCAAGACAACCUGCAGAUGCUCACACCGCAACUCAACGCCAUCAUUGCAGCCUCUGCCUCUGUCAAGUCCUCACAGAAGCUGAAGCAGAUGCUGGAGAUCAUACUUGCUCUGGGGAACUACAUGAACAGCAGCAAGCGAGGAGCUGUGUAUGGUUUUAAGCUCCAGAGCUUGGAUCUGCUGCUGGACACAAAGUCCACUGACCGGAAGAUGACACUGCUGCAUUUCAUUGCCUUGACGGUAAAGGAAAAAUACCCAGAUCUGACCAACUUCUGGCAUGAGCUGCACUUUGUGGAGAAAGCUGCAGCAGUGUCCCUGGAGAAUGUGCUGCUAGAUGUGAAGGAGCUGGGCCGGGGCAUGGAGCUGAUCCGGCGGGAAUGCAGCAUUCAUGACAACAGUGUCCUUCGGAGUUUCCUCAGCACCAAUGAAGGCAAACUGGACAAGCUGCAGCGUGAUGCUAAGACAGCUGAGGAAGCCUACAAUGCAGUUGUGUGCUACUUUGGCGAGAGUCCCAAGACCACACCUCCUUCUGUAUUCUUCCCAGUAUUUGUCCGAUUCAUUCGUUCCUAUAAGGAAGCAGAACAAGAGAAUGAGGCCCGCAAGAAGCAGGAGGAGGUAAUGCGGGAGAAGCAGCUGGCUCAGGAAGCCAAGAAGCUGGAUGCCAAGACCCCAUCCCAGCGCAACAAGUGGCAACAGCAGGAGCUAAUUGCAGAACUGAGGCGGCGACAGGCUAAGGAGCACCGACCUGUUUACGAGGGGAAGGAUGGUACCAUUGAGGACAUCAUCACAGGCCUCCACUGCCAGCCCAUUGUUGUUUGCCAUCAAACCAGGAGUGCUGCACCACCAAGUGGCCCCCCUCGGGCCCCAGGCCCCCACUGAGACUCUCUUGGAGGCAGAAGUACUUCAACUCUCAGCCCUGCAAGUCCAGCCAACGGACCUGAAGCCAGGGCCCCAGCAGAAGGCUACACUGUGUGCUCAGCUGUGCCACUCCAGCUCUCAGGCUGGAUCUUAACCUGUGCCACUGUAAGCACAAGUUUAUGGGGCCCUGGUACUUUUCUUGUGCCUCUAGUACUACACUUGCCCCCAAAGUCAGCAUCAUUUCCUGAAUGUUCACCAAAUAUUUCCAGCUUUAGCCCAUGUGAGGGCACCUGGGCCUCUCCUAGAGCCCAGUGAAGGAGAGAGCAAAAGCCUCUCUGCUUGCUUCUCACUUCCCUGCUGGCAGUCUCAAGGGCAGUCUUAGUGUAGAAGUAUCCAGGCGUAAGGGCCCUGGCACCCUCCUAUCUCAGAUCCUCUCUUGCCAGGAGAGAGGCCCUUCUCUACUAGGCCCACCAGCCUGCACCGCUGUGUUAAGGGUAGAGGAGGGAUGCCCAGCCCGGUCCUCCCAUCUGUUCUAGUCUAGGUAGAUCCUAGCCUUGCUGUGGUGGGCUGGAGAGCAAAGGCUUUCUCUACACUGGUCCCAAGACGAGACAAGGGCUUGCCAACAACCUCAGCUCCUUUCCUCAGCUAGGGGUUUUUAUGGGAGAGUGAAGGAAGCAUGAUCCUCAUGGACCAUUUGUUCGGUUCCCUGCCAGUUUCUUUUCAGUCCCUGGAAGGAAAUGCUGGGGCCAUCUCUUUUUGUACAUGUACUACUUCCCUUUUCUCUUGUAUAUAAACCCCAACCUUCCCUCUCUCAACAAAAGCUUGAAGCACCA